GCGAACCACAAGGAGUACAUGUACGGGGGGAAGGGGCGGAGCUGUGAGAUGGCGGUAUGGAGGCAAGCGAUUAACAACGAGGCGGCUAUCGCCAGCAAGUUUUUGAGUGCCUGCACGCUGAUUGAUCUUGAGAAGGCGUACGAGAGAGUGACGCACUUGCUCUUGCUUCGUUCGUGUCAUCGGCAUGGAUUUAGCAUCAGGCGCAUUCGAGUGCUCCUCUUAGUUUACGGUGGGCCUCGCAGCAUUAAGGUUGGCGAGGCCCUGUCCCUCCCUUUCACAGUCAACAGCAGCAUAGUCGCGGGGUGCUCGUUCGCGACGACGCUGUUGAAGAUAGUGCUUAAAGAUGUGUGCGACGAGUUUAUGGCUAGAUGGCCCCGUCUUGGGUUGGCGCUCGUGGUCGACGAUUCCACCAUUCAAGCGUUGGGGUCCGAGCCAUUCGUGAAGAACGCACUGGUGUCGGGAACGUGGCAGUUUUGUCGGGGUUUGGAGGCCUUGGAGAUGAAGGUUUCCAGGGAGAAAUGCAUUCUGGUGGCAUCUGACAUCAAAGUGGGCAGAUCUCUGCAGCAUAGUUUGAGAGAGUUCAGUUUCAAGUAUGUGCCCGCGGCCAAGAACUUGGGCGUAGACUUUAAGUUGGCCUUCAACAAGGGCAGGCAGGCGCAGAUGCAGACGGCCUUUGACAAGGCCAAGAAAGAAGCUGCUAGAGGCUGGAGUGGAGUCAUUGGCCCCGCUGGAGCGGUGGUACAGACUUUGAGUAGGCUGGGCUGGACUGGGACCUCCUGGUGCAGUUGGGUUACUUCGUCGGGGCUUCGCCUGGACUUGCGCGAGUUGGGUCCUCGAACGAUCAAGGCACUCGUAGACGACACCACGGAGCAGCUCAGUUUAAAGAAGGUUAGCGAGUUUUACGACCUGUCUUGGGAGCCUUUCCUGGAACCGAUCAGAGGUGUUAUUGCCGAGCAGAGAAAGAGAGGGGACCAUCUUGGGAUCAGCCUUCUUAUCGCUCAGGUUUCUGGAGGCCUCUGGACGCAGAAAGACUUGUUCAAGCAGCGCUACAGCUUGGACCCGCUUUGCAGAUGGUGCAAGGCCCGAGAAGGGUCUGUGCACAACAG